AUGGUGGUAAAAUUUGCCAAUGGUGUUCGGAACCGCGGAAACGGAGAUGAGGGCCAAAGGGGGACUCAGAGGCCUCUAUCAACGCCCAUAGCCAUCGUCGGAAUGAGUUGUCGGUUUGCGGGAGGGGCCACUAGUCCCUCAAAUUUGUGGGGUCUUCUUUCUGAGGGCAAAGACGCAUGGUCUCCGGUCCCUACGGACCGGUUUGAUGCCUCAUCGUUGUAUCAUCCGGAUCAGCAGAGGACAGAUAGGCAUCACAUUCAAGGUGGAUACUUUCUAGAUGGAGAUGUCACAAGAUUUGAUGCUCCUUUCUUCAAUCUCUCGGCUGAGGCAGCGAGCUCCAUGGAUCCUCAACUGAGGCUGUCAAUGGAGGGAGUUUUUGAAGCGCUUGAGAAUGCUGGUAUACCUCUUGGCAAAAUUGCUGGAACGAAUACUUCCGUGUUUUCUGGAACCUUUGGUAGGGAUUACACAGAUCGUCUAGUGAAAGAUCCAGAGACUUUGCCCCCUUCUUAUUUCACAGGCAAUGGAGCCGCAAUGUACUCCAACAGGAUAUCCCAUUUUUUCGACCUCAAAGGCCAAAGCGUUACCACCGACACAGGCUGUUCGGGCAGUAUGGCUGCCCUACACUUAGCUGCCCAGACCAUUCGAACUGGAGAGUCAGAUAUGUCCAUCGUGGCAGUGGCUCAAUUCAUGAUGAAUCCAGACCUAUACAUCGCCUUAUCCAACCUUGGCGUUCUGAGCCCUCAGGGCAAAUGUUUACCCUGGGAUCACCGUGCCAAUGGCUAUGGCCGUGGGGAGGGCAUGGCAGUCGUGAUUUUGAAGCGCCUCGAUCUGGCUUUGAAGGAUGGUGACCAUAUACAUUCAGUUAUCCGCGAAUCUGCGAUGAACCAGGACGGGAAAACAAGCACUAUCACAACUCCUGCGAAAGAAGCCCAGCAGACGCUUAUACGUGACUGCUACUCUCGCGCGGGGCUGAGCCUGUCUGAGACAGCCUACAUCGAAGCUCAUAUGACUGGCACUCCCACGGGUGAUCCGAUUGAGGCGGAGUCACUUGCCAAAACAUUUGGCGCAGCCCGAGCCGCGGGCGAUAGUGUUUAUGUUGGUUCAAUAAAGGCAAACAUCGGUCAUACAGAACCUGUCAGUGGUCUCGCAUCUAUCAUCAAGACAGCACUUGUACUACAGCACCAACAAAUCCCGCCACAUCUCAACUAUGAGAAGUCCAACCCAGCCAUUCCUUUGCAGGACUGGAAUCUGAAACUGCCACUUUCACUAAUUGGAUGGCCUGAAGGUGCGCCUCUGCGAGCAUCUGUUAAUAACUUUGGUUACGGAGGUACCAAUGUGCACGUCAUCAUGGAAGCAGCUCCGGUUUCAACAGCAAAAACAUUGCACACGAGUGAAUUCAAUACGAUCAACGAGGUUGAGUCACAACAGAUAGGACCUACUGAAGCGUCACCCUCUUAUGUCUACAUCAUUAGCUCACGGCAUUCAGCGGGAGGGCUUGAGAUGGGUGAAAGUCUUGCACUGCACAUCCGGGACUCAAUAAUGCGGGAUCAGAAACCUCGGGCAAUUGAUCUAGCGUACACUUUAGCCGAACGCAGGACCCGUUUUGCUUGGACGACCGUGGUAAAGGCUACGAGCAUCGAAGAGCUAGCAGACAAAUUGGAAGAGACCCUUCGAAAGCCUAUUCGUGCAACAACAAUACCUCGCCUCGGUUUCAUCUUUAAUGGCCAAGGUGCCCAAUGGUAUGCCAUGGGAAGAGAGCUUCUAGCCCGGUACCCUGUCUUUCAAUCUGCAGUGCGACACUGCGAUCACAUUCUGACGCAAAUAUAUCAAGCGCCCUGGUCUCUUUAUGAGGAACUUAGUCGUGAUGAAGCAUCGUCACGUAUCCACGAUGCGGAAAUCAGUCAACCAGCAAAUGUUGCUAUUCAACUCUGCUUGGUUGAUCUGCUCACAUCAUGGAAUGUUAUGCCGACAGCCGUUGUAAGUCACUCAAGUGGUGAAAUUGCCGCCGCUUAUGCAGCGGGCAUCCUUUCGUUCAAAGAGGCACUUGGUGUCGCUUACUAUCGUGGCUUCCUCCUUGCUGCGCAUUGCACGGGUGAUGCAUUACAGGGUGGGAUGAUGGCAGUCAGAUUAAGCGUUGAUGAUGUACAAGGCUACAUCAAGAGUACUUCAUCGGGUAAGGUGGUGAUUGCUUGCGUCAACAGCCCCUCCAGCGUGACUCUCUCAGGAGAUAUCGAUGCACUUACUGAAUUGGCAUCGAUGCUCGAAGAUGAUGCGGUGCCCGCAAGGAAGUUGAACGUUCCUUUGGCCUAUCAUUCUCACCACAUGAAUCCCAUCGCCAAAAGCUAUCAGAACCGUCUAGAUGUCCUCCUGGAUACAGGAAAAGUCCCGAAAAUUCUCGUGGCCUCUCCUGUUACGGGUGAGUUGGUCAGUCAUGGUGAAACGUUGGACUCAAAGCACUGGGUAAAAAAUCUUGUUAGUCCUGUACUAUUUUCGGAAGCUCUAGAGAGCAUGGUCUUUGGUUCAAAAAACGUGGACCGACACUCUUCAUCUGGCACACAAUCCAUGAAUGUCGACAUUCUCAUCGAGGUCGGAGCCCACAGCACACUCUCCGGCGCAGUCAGGGAGACGCUUGGCAAUGCUCAGCUGCCAUAUUUGAGCUGCCUGAGGCGUAAUAUCGAUGCUGUCAGUACCAUGCAAGAUGUUGCCUGCGAUUUGUUGGUCCGCGGUUAUCCGGUGUCUUUGGCUGGGGUGAACUUUCUAGAAGGACAAGAACUGAACUUUGUGCAUGAUCUUCCUACGUACGCCUGGGAUCACAGUACUAGUUACUUGGUCGAGCCUCGAGCCUCACGGCAGAAUCGAUACCGACGAUUCCCCUCUCACGAGCUAUUGGGCAGUUCAGUACCAGGUGCAAGCAGUCUGACUCCAACCUGGCGCAACUUUCUGCGGGUUCAGGACUUAGAGUGGCUGGCCGACCACCAACUUGAAUCUAAGAUCGUCUUUCCAGCAGCUGGGUACAUCUCGAUGGCGAUUGAGGCGGUUCGACGCCUCAAAUUGUCUUCUGGAGCUAGGGAGGAGCCCACAUCGUAUCGGCUACGGGACAUCGAUUUCAUGACCGCUCUCCUUAUAUCUUCCGGCCAGUCUGGAACUGAAGUUGUCUUCACGCUGCGCGAUUGCAGUGACAAAGAGCUGGACUACCGGGGAUGGUAUGAAUUUGAACUUUUUUCUAUUAGCCCGAGCGAUGCGUGGAUUCGACACUGUACGGGCUAUGUCUCUGCCGAGGAUUCUUCCAAGAAUUUGAAAGCGACUAGAGCUCUAAGCUCUGAUGUGGAACGCGUCGCAGUUGCGGACCGUGUAAGGCAUGUCCGGCCCGAUGCUAUGUUUGCUGGUUUAAGAAAAACGGGCAUUUACCAUGGCCCGGCAUUCCAAAAUCUAAUUGGGAGCAAGAUUACAGGAUCCAGCUCAGACACCAGCUUCAUGCUCUCCCCGAAGGCUCUUGCCAAGGAUGAGGAGUAUGUCCUUCACCCUACUACAUUGGACUCUAUCUUCCAGACUUGCUACUUCUCUCUUCCAGAGGAGGCCCAAGAUAGGGCUAUGAUGGUUCCCAAGAGCAUAGGCUCAUUGACCGUGCCCCGGGAUUUCGGCAGACAGAAUGACAAUAAGCUGCAAUCGAGGGUAAGACUGUUGCAUUGUACCAGCCGUGAUGCUGCAUUCAAAGGCACUGUUGUGCAGGCUAAAAUGAGCGAAGAAGCCGAUGUGCCAUUACUGAUGCAUAAUUUGCGGCUGCAGAAGAUACAAGCAGAAGAUGAUAAUGCAGGGAAAUUGUUCCGCGUCCACUCCCAAGGUCGAUGGGAACCUGACAUCCUUCACGAUGUGCCGGCAAAGACAAAAGCUUCAAUGCAGAUUGUAUUGAGCGACUCCGGACUCUCUGACGAGAAAGACUUCCGUGAGGCAGCGUACCACUUGAUGUUUGAGUGUCUUGCGCAGCUUCAACACGAAGAAUCCAAGGGAUGGCAACCCUUCCACAAAAGAUAUCAUCACUGGUUGCAGACUAUCGUUAAAUCGGUGGAAACAGGACAACUCGCGCAUGCAGCUGCCCUAGAAGCUCACGAAUGGCUGGACAGGAGUGAAGCAGCAAAAAGAAGCAUACUGGAGAAGGUCGCUGCGAUGAACGCUGGCGGAGAACUGCUCGUUAAGAUUGGCCGUCACUUAACACAGAUUAUUCGUGGUGAUAUUACGCCAUUGGAGCUGAUGAUGGAAAAUGGGCUUUUACAACGAUAUUAUACUGAGCUACCGCAGUUCAACAAUACCUAUCAGCAGCUUCGAAAGGUCCUUGAACACUAUGCGAUAAAGGAGCCGGGAGCCAAGAUUCUCGAGGUUGGAGCUGGCACUGGAGGCGCCACACUGCAUGCUCUGCAAGCAUUCGCCGCGAUGGACGAGACCAAUUCGUCGAAAACACUCCUGGGACACUACGACUAUACUGAUGUUUCAGCUGAUUUCUUCCCAGAGGCGAAAAAAAAGUUCGCCAGCUGGGAAGGGCGAAUGAACUUUGCUAGACUCAACAUUGAGAUCGAUCCUAUUCAACAAGGAUUCACUGCUGGCAGCUACGACUUGAUCAUCGCUUCGCAAGUCUUGCAUGCUACGGUCAGCCUCGCCAAUACUUUGUCGAAUGUCAGAAAGCUUCUGAAGCCGAAGGGAAAGUUAAUAUUUCUCGAAGGGACCCAGCACAGUAUCGAUCUCGAGCUCAUCUUUGGAACGCUACCAGGCUGGUGGUUGGGCGAAGAGCCUGAAAGGCAAAUGAGUGCAAUUGCCGAUGUACCAACCUGGGACAGAUUUUUGAAAUCCAGCGGGUUCAGCGGCGUUGACAUGAACAUCGGAAACUGCGAGCAGCCAGAAGUACAGGUCAGCAGUGUCCUCAUUGCUACUGCUGCUGCUGAGCCAUCUUAUCCAUCAUCCAUAUCUAUCAUAUGGGGGCGGAAUGCUCCAUUGGCCUGGCGCAAAGAGCUUGCGACAGCUAUUGCUGCCAAGACUGGCACAGCUCCGCGACACGAGACUCUAAAGGAUGUGUGUCCUGAUGAAACUACAUUGUACCUCGUUGCCAUAGAGCUGGAGUACGAUCUGGUGAGCUCAAUGAAUCAGGUGACCUUUGAGAAGCUGAGACAUCUUCUUGUCAGUAGCAUGGGCAUAUUCUGGGUCAGUGGUGGAGGCUUGAUCGAUUCGCAGAAGCCGCUCUGGGGUUUGACACCCGGCCUGUUGAGAACCUUCCGUCGCGAAGAUAUGAACAAGCGGUGCGUUCAUCUCGACUUCGAUGUUUCUAAAGAUCUGUGGAAUGCCGAGACCACCAACCACAUCAUGCACGUUUUCGAAGAAGGUUUUGAUUACUCGCUAGAGAAUAGCAAUAUGGACUGGGAGUACGCCGUCAAAAACUCGGAGCUCCAUGUACUGAGAUACUACCCGGACGUUGAGCUGGACAUGCGUUGUAGCGGAAUCAAGCCCAUGCCCGAGCACCGACUUUGGUACGACGAUGAAAGAGAUCUACAAUACCAGGUUCCUGAGGGAUCCGGUGAUCUCUUGAACAAGAUUGAAUUCCUGGAGGUGCCCAGACUUGUCGACGACGUUCCGUUCGGCAUGGUCGAGAUUGAGACCAAAGCUUUCGGUCUAAAUUUUCAGGAUCUCAUGCUCGCUUUGGGCUUCGUUAAAGAUGUCCUUACUCUCACACAUGAAGGCGCUGGAUUCGUGAAGCGUCUUGGGCCUGGUACUGAGCGAAGCGGACUAAGGAUUGGCGAUCGCAUCUGCGGCGCAUUCCGUGGAAGCUUCGCCAGUACGAGCAUGGCCUGGUGGACGAAUAUUGUUAAAAUUCCUGAUGAGAUGUCAUGGGAAGAGGCUGCAGCUUUCUCAGUGGCCUAUCUCACGGUUCAUGUUGGGCUUGAUCAUGUCGCGAGACUGCAGAAAGAGGAACGAAUUCUGAUUCACUCUGCUGCAGGCGGCGUCGGGCAGGCUGCUAUUAUGUGGGCACAACACGUAGGGGCUGAGAUCUUUGCAACGUGCGGCACCGAAACCAAGCGCCAGUUUCUGAUGGAUACGUACAACAUUUCUGCAGACCACAUUUUUUCGAGUCGAGAUGCUUGCUUCGCUUCCGAGAUCAUCGACAGGACGGGCGAACAAGGUGUCGACGUCGUCCUCAAUUCUCUCGGUGGCCCUCUUCUGAAAGCCAGCUGGGGCUGCUUGGCUGAUUUCGGUCGUUUCGUGGAGAUUGGCAAGGUUGAUCUCCAUGCAGCAAAACGUCUCGACAUGACGCCUUUCGGACGGAAUAUUACCAUGGCUGGGGUGGAUCUCGUGGCUUACAGUGAGUUGAGAGGGAUGGUAAUCCACAAUGCGCUCGUGGCCCUCAUGAAGUUGUACCGUUCUGGCCACCUCAGAUCUCUUCGUCCAAUCACACGCUUCAACAUUUCCGAUAUGGGAGCGGCCAUGAAGCAUAUGCAAUCAGGGACACACAUGGGUAAGAUCGUCCUUACGAUUGAACCAACCGCUGUUGUCAACGUAUCUCCUCGGAUAACUUCUCUGGACUUGGCUAAUAUGAACGUCACUCAUCUAAUCGUGGGAGGACUAAGGGGUGUUGGCCACGCUAUUGCUCUGAGAAUGAUUGAGAAGGGCGCUAGAAAUGUCCUUGCAAUCUCUCGCAACGCAAGCUCGCAUCCCAACAGGUUGGAACUGCAGAAAACUGCAGAUCAGCACGGCUGCAAACUCGUCAUCCGUGACUGUGACAUCAGCAGCGCAGAAGAAUUGGUUGAGAUCGUGGGAAGUCUGGGGGACUUACAUAUGCCACCUAUUGGCGGGGUUCUACAGGCUGCCAUGGUCCUAGAUGAUACGGUGCUGGAACGCAUGAGCUACGAGCAAUGGCAGACAGCGGUCCGGCCCAAGGUCGCUGGAACCCUGAACUUGCAUAACAAUUUGCCGGGCCUUCGCUACUUUAUUAUGCUGUCUUCUGGUACUGCGAUUACCGGCAACGUAUCGCAGGCAAACUACGCUGCAGGUAACACCUUUCAGGACACUUUGGCACGACACCGAACCUUGCAUGGCGAACCCGCGAUUUCCAUCAAUCUUGGCCCAGUUGAUGAUGUGGGGUAUGUAGCUGAGCAAGGAGAAGAUGUGUUAAAGAGAGUGGAUAAGGCUGUCACAUCCAUGAGUCUAUCGGUUAACCAUGUCAUGCAGCUGAUCGAGGGAGGCAUCAUCGAUCCGCUGAAGAAAACUGGCGAUAAGAGCCAGAUCAUAACGUGUUUCCCCCGAUAUGAAGCCCUGCCUGACAACCAGGGAGUCAAAGAUGACAAACGUUUUGGAACAUUGAGGCUGGGUGACGAGGGUGUAGCAUCUACUGGUGGCAAUGGGCUGUCAGCCAGUAGAGUGAACGAGCUGACACAGGAGUUGGUCAGUAACGGUCGAUCGACUGGAGAAUCUGCAGCGAGGAAGCUGGUUAGUGAGUUGAUUACAGAAGAACUUAGCGAGUUAUUCAGCAUCGACCCGAACGAUAUCGACCCUGGGAUGCCUUUGACGCAUCACGGUGUGGAUUCGUUGGUGGCUGUACGGGUCAGGAACUGGCUCAUCAGUGAGGUCAAGGCCAGAGUCGCGAUUUUUGAGAUUCUGCAGUCUCCUUCUCUUACUGACUUUGCUGCACUGGUUGCAUCUAGAAGCAGUCUAAUUACUAGUUGUGUGUAA